UUGUAGAACUUGUGGAAAACAGCUGAGAUUGUGAUGUAAUUUUAGUGGGGAACCAACAGAGAAUAAAAUGAGUGCAGUUUUUCGUGCAAUAAAAGCGAAUCGGAAUAUCUUCCGGCUGGCUGAUUUGCCACGGAGACACUUUUCCGAUGCCGCCAAAUUUCCUCGUAUUACUACCCAUUACACCUUGAAUCCCAGGGACAAGGAUCCCCGGUGGAAGGAUGUGGACAUGGAACGAUCUGUGGAUGAGGUGGAUGUGAUGAUUGUCGGCGGAGGACCCUCGGGGAUGUCAGCAGCUAUCCGGGCGAUGCAACUGGCUGCUGAAAAGGGUAAAGAAAUCCGGGUAUGCGUUGUUGAGAAGUCUGCAGAAGUUGGUGGUCACAUCCUCUCGGGAGCUGUCAUUGAUCCGGUAUCCCUCAAUGAACUGCUUCCCAACUGGAAAGACCUAGGAGCUCCACUGAAUACCCCCGUUACAAAAGACAAAUUUGCCUUCCUCACGAGAUCAGGCUCCCUGCCCAUUCCCAUCUUCAAGGGCUGGCCACAGGACAAUCAUGGGAACUAUAUUGUGCGUUUGGGGCAUUUGGUGCAGUGGCUGGGAGAACAGGCAGAGGCUAUGGGAGUGGAGAUCUAUCCAGGAUGUGCAGCUGCAGAGAUUCUCUUCCACGAGGAUGGAAGUGUCAAGGGAAUUGCUACAAAUGACGUCGGUAUCGCCAAAGACGGUUCUCCCAAAGACACCUUUGCCCGGGGAAUGGAGCUGCAUGCCAAAUGCGUCAUAUUCGCUGAAGGUUGUCGAGGACAUCUGACCAAGCAGCUCAUGACGCGAUUUGGGCUCAACGCCCAGUCUGAGCCUCAAUCCUACGGAAUUGGCCUGAAGGAAAUUUGGGAGAUUGAGCCAGAAAAGCACCAUCCUGGACUGGUUCAGCACACCGUGGGAUAUCCCCUUUCCAGCGACACCUACGGAGGCAGCUUCCUGUACCAUCUCAAUGAACCCACUCCAACUAUCGCAGUGGGAUUCGUGGUUGGAUUGGACUAUCCCAAUCCCUUCAUCAGUCCAUUCCAAGAAUUCCAGAAAUUCAAGACUCAUCCCAAAAUCCGUCCCAUUUUCGAAGGAGGCACUAGAAUUGCUUAUGGAGCCAGGGCACUCAACGAGGGUGGUUUUCAGAGUAUUCCGCGGUUAACGUUUCCCGGAGGUUGCAUCGUGGGCUGUGGAGCUGGCUUCAUGAAUGUCCCCAAGAUCAAGGGUACUCACUAUGCAAUGAAGAGUGGAAUGUUAGCGGCCGAAAGUGUCGUUGAUGAGCUCUUUUCGGAGACACCGAGUGGGACGACGGUUGGGAUUGAGCCCAAGGGGUAUGAGGAACGUGUGAAGAGUUCCUUUAUCUGGAGUGAUUUGCAGAAAGUGCGAAAUCUUCGACCGAGCUUUCAUGGAUCAAUGGGUUUGUUCAAGGGUUUGGCUCUCUCGGGGAUUUCUAUUAUUCUGGGAGGGAGGGAGCCCUGGACAUUGUCUCAUGGAGGAGCUGAUAACACAAAGAUUCAGCCAGCGGCGAAAUGCAAGGCUCCGGAAUAUCCCAAACCCGAUGGAAAGGUCACUUUUGACUUGUUGUCAUCAGUUGCCCUCACGGGAACCAACCACGAAGGCGAUCAACCGCCCCAUUUGACGCUCAAGGACGACACAGUCCCUGUGGCCACGAACUUGGCCACUUUUGCCGGCCCCGAGGCUCGUUUUUGCCCAGCUGGAGUGUAUGAAUUUGUGCCCAAUGAAGAGGCUGGAGGAGAUGCCAUGAGACUGCAAAUUAAUGCGCAGAAUUGCAUUCACUGCAAAACUUGCGACAUUAAGGAUCCAACGCAAAAUAUCAAUUGGGUGGUGCCUGAAGGGGGCGGAGGACCAUCCUACAAUGGAAUGUAAAUAAAGGACACUUGCCUUCCGGAAUUCGACCAUUCGAAUGACAAAAAGCAUUUAUUCAAUCAAUUUUUUACACGAAAUUUAAACGGUAUAUAUUUUUGCAUGCCCAAGGAUCGUCUCUGUACAUACCUUCGAAAGUACCUUGUAUCUGGGGAGUUAUCAGUAGUGAAAAAAUUUAUGAUAUUGUAUCUUUUGUAAUUGUGAGGUGAAUAAAGUCAAUCACGUUUUUAUCUUUGAAAAAAAAA